GAUACCGUAUGUAUUGGGGAGCAUUGAAAACCCCCUCCCCUUUUAACAAAGUAUUUUUCAUUAGGGAGAGGUUCUAUUGGAACCACUGCAGGGGAACGCGUUACAGCAUCCCUUCUCAACUAACAAGAAAUUUAAUUAACAAGCUCUGGACUCGGGCAUGGUAUAUAAACCAUUCUAUCGGACGCUCUCAUUUGCUGAAUUCCUUCUUCGAUGGAACUAGAUGGACGCUUUUGGUUCGCUGGAAGUUUUUGUCUACUAAGGUGUGCUUUAAAUAGGCCAGAAGAAGUGUUAGUGUGUGGAGCAGACGUGUAGCGGACAUCUUGAACCAUUAUGAGGAAACGCACACAUGCUUUUAGGAGGAUCGCCAUUUUCCACUCAUCUUGACAAAAGUUUCAACCGAGGCUCUUACUGGUUGAAGAAUACCUCAUCUCUAUGACAGAGAAGCAUUUAUGUCACUUUCCAGAGUUUCGAUAAGAAUCUGUGAUAUCAAUUCAUCUUGGGAAACUUUAGAGAUCAACGUUCUCUAACUUAAAUUUGGACCCUGACGAUCAGGAUACUUUUUGUGGCAGUUCUUUGAGACUUCGUCUUAAAAUCGAAUCCUUGAUCCUCGACCAUUGGUGCUGGUAGCUAUUUGGACACUUCACCCACGAGAAUGAAGUUAUCAAGAAAUCAUUAACUUUCUCUGGUUUGAGAUAUGGACGAUAGUUGGAAGGGAGCUACAGGAGGCCGAAGCCGAUCAGGUACUUUCCGUGGUGCGUUCUCACUCUCACGAGGAGCACGUCUCACCAAGACCGUCUCACAGGAGAUAACAGGAAAGAAGUACAAACCCGGCAACAUGAGCACCAUCGAUGACCCAACCAUGCCCAUCGAAAAGAAGGUCGCCAUCGUCGGCAUCGGUUGCCGUUACGCCAACGGCAUUAACGGUGUCCGCAAGUUCUGGGAGAUGCUGGCCAAGGGAAUGGAUUGUACGACGCAGCCACCCAGUGAUCGCUUUGAUUCGUCUUUCUUCCUCUUCCCAGGAAGCAAGAUUCAAGGAAAGAUGUACAACAAAUCUGCGGGUUACCUUUCACAGAACCCAGAGCAUUUCGAUCGACAGUUCUUCAGGAUAUCACCCGAGGAAGCUAAUCACUUGGAUCCUCAGAUCCGCAUGCUGUUAGAGGUAGUCUGGGAAUCGCUCCAGGACGCUGGAAUCCCAGCUCAUACUGCAAGAGGAUCCAAGACCGGUGUCUACAUGGGAGUGACUGCCAGUGAGUAUGGGGUACUCAUUGGCAUGCCCAAUGACAACAUCAACCAGUAUACCAAUUCUGGAACCAACUCGUGUAUGACGGCGAACCGGGUUUCCUACGAGUUCGAUUUUCGCGGUCCGAGUUUCACUGUGGACACGGCUUGUUCUUCAUCCUUGUAUUCCGUCUAUCUGGCCUGUGAAGCUUUGAAGAAUGGACAAUGUGAAAUGGCUGUAGCAGGUGGUGUCAACGUUUCCUUGCUUCCAAUCACCAGCAUCGGAUUUUGUCAGGCUGGGAUGCUGUCUCCUGAUGGCAAGUGUAAAAGCUUUGAUAAGUCAGCUGAUGGAUACGCUCGAGGUGAGGGUGUAGGAGCAGUCAUCCUUAAACCACUGCAACGUGCCAUAGAUGAUGGUGAUAGAAUAUAUGGUGUGAUCCGUGGUGGAGCUAUCGCCAAUGAUGGCCGUACCCCUGGUAUUGCAUUACCAAGCUACGAUGGACAGGUAACACUUCUUGAAACUGCCUAUAAGAAUGCUAACACUUCUCCUGAGGAAGUGGUUUAUGUAGAAGCACAUGGAACGGGUACACAGAUUGGUGACCGCACCGAAGCGAGUGCUAUAGGAGAAGCAAUGGGACUGAAUCGUAAAGUAGAACAACCGCCCCUUUACAUAGGAUCUGUGAAAUCGAACUUUGGACAUUCAGAAGGUGCGGCUGGUAUCGCUGGUGUUAUCAAGUCAGCGUUGUGUUUGUAUCAUGAACAGAUUCCAAAGGUGGUUCACUUCAGAUCAGGAAAUGAAAGUGUAGAUUUUGAAAAUCUGAACAUUCGAGUCCCUGGUGAACUUACGCGAUGGCCAAAGUCUACGAAGAGGCUAGUGGGGUGUAGCUCUUUUGGGUUUGGUGGAGCCAAUGCUCACAUUGUACUUGAAGGAUAUCAGCAAGGAAAUAGCCGGAAUGAACGUUCGUACUCACAUCACGGUUCAAAUGAAAGAGACUCUGGAAAACCGUCGAUUCUGUUUCUGUCGGCUGCUAGCAAGGACGCCCUCAAGCAACAUCUGGAAGAAUGGGGAAAUUACCUUAGUGAAGUGAUCGGGAAUGACACAAGAUCUUACAACAAUGCCUUGUAUACUGCAGCUGUUCGGUGCACACACCAUCAGUUUCGAAUGGGUAUCAUCGCAAGAUCACCAAGAGAUGCAACGGAACAAGUGCGAUUGAAGCUAGACCAGGAUCCAAGGGUGUCCUACAAUGUCAUUGAAGGAAAAGCUCCAGAGGCACACCUGUCUGUUCAUCGAUUGGUUUUUGUCUUCUCUGGAAUGGGAGCGCAGUGGUGGGCAAUGGCCAGACAACUCAUGGACGAUGAAAUCCACUUCAGAAACAUCAUCAAGCGCAUUGAUAAGAUUCUCUUGAAGUGUGGAGCUAAAUGGUCCCUGAUUCAUCUACUCACAAAGGAAGCAGAUCGAGAGAAAAUCAAUCAGACAGAAAUCGCACAGCCGUGCAUCUGCGCCGUCCAAAUCGGUCUGGCCGAGUUCUAUCGCAUCCGUGGCAUCACUCCAGAUGCCAUCGUAGGUCACAGCGUUGGUGAGGUAGCAGCAGCUCAUGCCGCUGGUCUCUUGGCCUUAGAAGAUGCGAUCCGAUUGAUCUACACGAGAGGAAGACAACUCAGGAAGACAAGUGGUAUGGGAAGCAUGGUCGCUAUUUUACACUCAGCAGAAGAGAUUCAAACGAGGUUAGAAAGUAGCGAGUAUGUUAGUGUGAUCGAUGUGGCAGCUAUUAACAGCCCCAGUCAGAUUGUGCUUUCGGGUGACAAGGAAUCACUUGCUGCAUUCUCUGAGAACCUGAGACGGGAAGGAAUCAGGUGCGUGACGCUGAAGGUUAACAAUGCUUUCCACAGUUAUCAACAAGAAGAGAUCAGGAAGGACUUCUUGAAGAAGGUAAAGUUCCUCGAUGCAGCAGCAGCUAGGGAGAACUUCAAUAUGAUCCCUGUUGUUCCCCUGAUAUCAACUGUUUCCAACCAAUACCUUGAUAGGGAUCAGGUCAAUAGCGCAGCAUACUGGUGGAAGAAUGUCCGACAACCUGUGCAGUUCAAGAUGGCAAUCGAGAAGCUUCUUCAGGACGGUUACAAUUGCUUCCUCGAAAUUAGUCCACACCCUGUGCUAUCCCCCGCUAUAAGGGACACUCUUGGAACAUCGGUGAUGAACAACAGCAAUGUGUUUGUAACAGGCUCGCUUAGGAGACCAUCUGAUACUCGAGAGGUUGCUGAUGACAGGGUGAACCUCCUUCGCUCAAUGGCCAAACUCCAUGUUGAAGGUUAUCCAUUUGACCUUCAUCAUCUCUUCCAAGAUGGUCCUUACAAAGUGAUGUCACUUCCAAGCUACCCAUGGCAACGUGUCCUAUGUUCUGCAACCACAAAGAAGAGUCACAAGAUGUUCAGGUUCCCUAUCCAAUGUCAUCCACUCUUGGGUAAACAGCAGCAUCUGUCACACUUCAGUGGUGAGAAUUCUCCUAAAGUAUGGCGUUCUAAAUUCUCCAAAUCGACUGUACCAUGGCUCCGCGAUCACAAGCUUCAAGGAAACAUCGUCAUCCCAGCAGCAGCACACACAGAAACCAUGCUUGCCGCGGCAAGAGAGGUUUACCCUGAUUCCGAUGUUGUGACACUGAGGGAUGUGAAGUUUGACAGAUUUGUUUUUGCUUCAGAACUUGAGGGUGUCCUAGAAAUCAGCCUCGAGACAAGAUCACGAGAAGCCCUGUUCGCUCUACGAAGCUUUAACCAAACAGAUCGCAGCUGGACUCUGCAUAGCAAGUCAUCAAUCGAUGCACCAGGCAAAGUACGCAGCUCAAUUCAUCAAAUCGAAGAAGGGUUCCAUUCGGUGAAGCUAGCAACAGAUGACAUCAGGAGAAAAUGUCCAUACGAGACAGAUCAGCAGGAGUUCUAUGCCAGACUAUGGAGAGGUGGCUUUCAUCUUGGGGAAACAUUCAAGUGCAUCAACACUGCUUACUUCAGUCAUGACUACAAUGAAGCGCUCUUGUAUGCUUCGGUGCCAGAGGCGCUAGAGAGAGAAUUCAAGUUGUACAACUUUCAUCCUGCCCUAUUUGACAGCGUUUUCCAAGGAUUUGGUAUCUGUCAGAUGUUUCAGGAACAGGAGAAAGCACGAACGGCAAACUCAAACUUUCGAACCUGGUUCCAAGUUCCACGUUCUGUUCGGAAGGUACACGUGAAGGGCAAAGCUCCUACUCAAAUGGCAUUCCAUGUAAAAAUGACCAAAGAGAAUGGUGUGACCUAUGGCGAUGCUGUCGUUGCUGAUGCUACAAACCAGAGAGUUUUCGCACAAGUUGAUAGUAUGAUGUUUGAGAAUGUUCAUUCUAAUGAACCUGAAGAAAGAGUUCAGUUGUGGAGAAGAGAGUGGGUACCAUUCCAUAUUGAGGUUGAUGAUAGUGCGCUUCGUGUUCCACAAAAGGUACAACCACCGACCAGACCACUCAGUGCAAUAGGAUCAGAAGCUCCAGGAGCAAUCAUCAUCAUUAAGGAUAAGCAAGGUGUUUCUAUGGAACUUAAACGUCGCAUGGAGGUUGAGAGUGUGGUCAGUGUCUUAGAUCCACGUAUACUCAUUGACUGCGACGAGAGAUUCCGGCGAGUACUGCGUUCUCUUGGUAUGGUUACUGACCUAAUCCUCCUUUCUACAUUAGAUGUAAAACAGUUUGGAGCAAUUGGAGGUAUCAGCAAGCAGAGUUUUGAGGAAUCACAGACGAUGACUGCACUCUCUCCUAUAAGCCUUUACCGAGCAGUCAGCAGGCACGAUACUAAACCUAAACCAAGACUGUGGGUUAUCACAAGAGGAGCUCACUCUGUCAUGGAUGUAGAUGUAGUAGACCCCAUGAUGGCUCCAGCUGGAUCUUUUGGCUUGACACUCAUGCAUGAAGACCCAGAAUUCCCUGUAGUAACUGUAGAUCUCCCAUCCUUGCAAGAGCCUGAAGAAUCAGCACAUUGGUUAUACCAGUACAUGAAGUCAGCUCCGAAUGAGGAAAACUAUGUCGCUCUGAGGAGAAAAGUACCAGCUCCCGCUGGAGACGAUCCAAAGGAACUUGCAUUCGAAGCACAGGCGAUGCGUAUUGUAAUGCAACCUCAAUCAAGUUUUUCAGCGCCUACUUUAUCUACGAAUUGGCAGGUGGACCUGAAUGAGAGCUUGAAACAGAAACGACUGACAGUCAAGCAAAGUCAUGAAAUGCAGACAAAGACAACAGACAAUGAAUUAGCCAUCAAAGUGACAGCAUUUUCUGUUCAGCAGCUUGUAGAUGCAAACGACAGGAAAGUAGGAUGUGGGUAUCUGUAUGCUGGAAAGAUACUCAGCUGUAGCGAAGAAGUACAAGUGAUGUUCCGAAUGAGAACUAACGUCCUUGGGUUCCGAACAGGUGGUCAAAUCACAGCAUCUCUCCACGCCAAGACAUCUGACUUGAUCCCCAUUCCAGCUAAUCUUACACCAAUAGAGGCUAUCAAUAUCGUGAGAGACUAUCUUCCAGCUUUCGUCGCCUUCCACGAUACACUCAAACUCACGGAGAAUGGCACAGUCAUUGUCUGUUUGUCAUCACUAAGUGAUCGGGUUGGCCUGGCGACGACACAUCUUGCACUAGAACAAGGUGCGACAGUGUUUAUCCAUGUGGAAUCAGAUGAUGGGAACAUCUUACCUGUCGAGAAACUUCUUGGAAUUCUGGGUGAUUCUAGAGUGGUCAUCACUUCAAAUGAAAACUUCAACACUCUCAUCAAUGACUUUUCUGUGGAUGUUCUGCUGUUUGCGGGAGAGCUUCCCCACGAUACAGGCAGUUUGAAGAGACUUGUUGGUAAGCUCCGACCAUUUGGAACCAUAGUCCAAAUUCAUGGAAGAGACGCAGUUGGUGGGGACUCAAGGAUAAGCAACUUACCUCCGAACAUCUACUUUUUGUCUAUAGAUAUGGCUCUAGGUCGUUUCGAAGAUAUGCGAGCUCGCAUGCAGGAUGCAAUGUCUCGCCUCUUACAUCUUUUCAGUGUACACAAUGGAUUCCAAGCACUCAAGUCUCUAACAGUCCCCACUGCUCCUAUAUCUAAGUUGGCACGAUCUCCUCAUGCAUCGCUGGAAGAGAUAACCGUCAAUAUUGACGAAGACAGUAUCCCUGCCACGUUGAAUUUUGAUGAUAUCCAUUUCACUGCUAACCCCAAAUCAUCAUUCUUAGUGACAGGAGGAUCCAAAGGAUUUGGAUUAUCAAUGGUCGAGUGGCUGGUGAAAUGUGGCGCUCGUCAUGUAUACGUCAUCUCGCGAAAUACACCGGAAGAAGAGACAAUCUUGAGAUUCAAAUCCUUCCGUGAUUCUGGAGCGAGGAUAACUCAUUUGAAGGUUGACAUGGGCCGUGAGCAUGAAGUUGAGAAGGCACUUAUGGCAAUCAAGGACAAUGAAGACCAACCUUUGGAAGGAAUCUUCCAUUGUGCUACAGUUUACAAUGAUGCAAUCCUGCGCCAUAUGACGACUGAGGCUUGGAACGACGUCAUGAUACCAAAGGCGUACGGUGCUCUGAUUCUUCACCAACUGACAACUAAACUUGGUUUCCCGAUCAAGUAUUUUGUGAUGAUGUCUUCGAUUGUAGAGAUGAUAGGAAAUGAAGGACAAGGAAGUUAUUGUGCUGCCAACAGUUUCCUGUCUGCAUUGUGUAGCAUGAGAAGGAAGAUUGGCCUACCAGCCACACUCAUCUGUCCUGGAGUAAUCAACACUCACGGAUUUGCUGCUCGCGAAGGGUUUGUGAAGAGAUGGGAGAAUGUUGGACUUGGAAGUUUACCACCAUCAGAGAUUUUGAAAGGACUCGGAUGCAUUCUAGCCACCGACUAUCCAGAGCUUGGUCUCACAGGAGCUGUUGACAGACGUGAAUACGCUAGAGCAUUUAGUGUAAUGCUUUCCCAUCACUUCAGCGAACCCGGUGGUACUUUCUCUAUCCUGAAAGCACUAUUCCCCAACCGGGAUACAUUCUUGGCGGCUGACAAUGACAUCAGAAUGCGGAUCAGGUUGCUUACACCGACGGAGGCUAAGGGUGUGAUCUUCCAGACUUUGUCAACUCACUUGGUCGAACGUUUGGGACUUAGUGGAGAAGUGUCUCAAGAUGCGACACCUAUGUCUUUGGGAUUGGAUUCACACAUGUCUACGGAGUUAAGUAGCGUCAUCCAUGAGAAUUUUGGUGUGACUUUGACGGCAAUGGAACUCCUCAAUGAUAGCUUAACUCUGGGAAGUCUAACAGAUACCAUCUAUGAACGAGUUCUUUCCUGCAACGAUGAAGGCGAGGAGGAAUCUACACAGAUCACUCCAGCAUUGAAUAUUCGAAGUGAAUUAUGGUUUCGUAUUGAAGAUAAUCUUGAUACACCCGCAGCACAGUUGAUCUGUUUUCCAUCUGUUGGCGGUGGCCCCACCAUGUUUCUCCCAUGGAAGAGUCAUCUAGCCGAGUAUGAUAUUCAGAUGAUAACCACCCAACUUCCUGGUUGGGAACGCAGAGAGCAUGAACGACCCCUUCACAAUAUCAACGAAAUCGUAAGUAAGCUGGCUGAAGCACUCAUGCCAAGACUGCUACACGGACGAUUCGCUUUCUUCGGUCAUAGUCUUGGUGGUCUCAUUGCCUUUGAGUUGGCUCAUUAUCUUUGGAAGAAUUUCAAUGUGUAUCCAGCACAUCUGUUCAUCAGCGCCUGGUAUGCACCGACAUUGCCCUAUCCUCAUCCUGAAGAGCUUGAGGUGACAGGAGAUGUCUACAGGAAGAUGCAGCGCAUCCUUACAAGCCACCUAGAUUCAACUAGGACACCACUUCCUGAUGCCAUGCCGAUCAAGUUCAGCUUCCUUGACCAGUCAGUCAUGAACAACGUCCGCCUCAUGACCCGUCUUAUACCAAGCAUUGAGGCAGCCAUCAUUACCUGCAAGAAGUAUCGCUUCAGACACAAAGACAAACUUCCAUGUCAGCUGACAGUCUUCGGAGGUAAGAGUGACCCAUUUGUCAACCCAUCUCUGCUCGAUGACUGGAACAAGCAGAUUACUCCAGAAUCUCGCUUCAGGAAAGUCCUGUAUCCUGGCAAACACAUGUACAUCUUGUCUUCUUCGAAGUAUCUCAUGAAGGAGAUCAUGAUUGCCAUGCGAGUGAUGCAGACCAACCAACCCGCACCAGCUACUCCACCACCUAUACCUGUAGCAGAUGUUAGACCACUGUCAGCUUCACCUACCAUUGCAUCAGCUCCACCAGAUCCCACGGAGCCUGAGCAUAAGCCUAUACCUAAACCACGAAAAACUAGCUUCUCAUAAAAUGUGAGUAAAUGUUUUCACUUUGACUGAUAUUCCGGAAUUCCUGAAAAUCCAGAGCUUUUCGAGAAAUGAGAACAUUCUAUACUACGAGAAAUCUGAAAAACGAUAUUUGAAAGUGAUUAGUUUCAAUAAUCACGUUAUUGAUAGAAUCGUUGGUCCCAUAAGUAGCAAAAGAUUUUUUUCGCUCUCACUUCUUACUCAGAUUUUUUUUGGCAACAUUGUCUUUAUUUAAGAAAUGGAGUCUUAAAUUCCUCAGUAUCUAUAGGACAUUUAGGGGUUAUUGCAUCGCUCAAAGUUUCUUUGAAAUCAAAUAUGCGGAUUCCAUGACUCCGGGAAAUUCGUAGUAUUUAUUUCAUAGGAAAUUCGUAGUAUUUUGGGGGAAAUAUAUUUUGAGCUAUUGAAUCACUGAUUUUAGUAAAUGCGAAUUAUUAGAUGUAAGGGUAAGUAAAGGCGUCGAUAAGCAAGUAAAAACAUAUUUCUGAUACAUUUAAUAAUUGGUUAGCACGUUGAAAUUAUGUUUCAAAUUUCUUACUUACGUAUACAUGUUACUGAAUAUUGAUACUAAGCCAAUUUUUCAUGUGAUUGCAUUUUUAAUACUGUAUAUUUUAGCUUUGGUGAUGGUAUAGUGUAAUUUCCUUUUUAUAUAUCACUUUCUAUUUGCUCCCCCCCCCCCUCUCUCUCUCUCUCUUUCUCGUGCACACUUUCCUGAUUUCCUCCCAAUUUCGUUUCUGUACAUAGAUUAUUAUUUUAUUACUAGAAAUUAUGAUAAUUAUUGUGUUGAAUGUUUGUAAUGUAAUGAAUCUUCGAUGGCCAAUUCUUGACCGAUGAGGCUCGUAUAACGGCCGGGUAAUGUGCAAUAAAAUGUAAAUAAAUGAUGAUGCAAUAUGAAUGACAAUUCAACUUUUUCAAAUGAAAUGUUGUUAACAAUGAUUGUAUUCAUAAAAAUUCUCACUCUGUCUUUCAUUAUUGUAUAUAGUAUAACCUGUCAUACUUUAAAUGUGAUAUUCUAUUGAAAUGUAAAAUGUUUUCAAUGAAAUUGGUGUUAAAUUUAACUAAAAUACCUGCAAUUCAUAAAUUUGUGAUGUCUCCUAUUUGUAGCUCUUUGUAGAUUUAUAUCCAACCAUUUUAUUAUGAUUAUUAGGCCUAGGUGAUAUCAUAAUAAACGAUAACUGAUAAGGUCUUUUAUGUUCGCUAUAAAGCCAGGAGUGAAACCUUCGAAAUGUAUCAAUUAUUUGUAUCAUUUAGAUAGAUAUAUAGUUUAAGUGCAAUACUCGUUAAUGUGCAAAAAAAAUUAUGUAUAUUAUAUAUUUACUGAUUGUCUUUAUGGAUGCGUGCCUUCGUGAUAUUUCUCUGUUUGCAUGAUAUUUUGUGAAUGAUGCGUGAACCGGCGUAAAUACCCGCGUAAAUAUCCUGUGUCUCAUGAAUUAGGGGAAUAUAUCACUUCUUACGUAACUUAUUAAUUGUACAGGCACACCAGCAAACCUACCCCAGACCGAUCAAAGCUAAUCACGAACCGUCCACUCUGCGCAGAUACAGUGCGCUAUCGCGCCUCGCGAUUUCACCACGAACCGUCCUCUCUGUUACGAUGCCCACUGUGGCGUAAAUAAUUCACUUCAAGAAAAUGUAAAGAUACGGGAUGAAACUUUGGAGCCUGAACUUUUAAACGAAGACACCGGUAAACAAUUUUCUCUCCUUGUAGGUGCACUUAUUGCUGGUUUUAAAAAAGCUUUUCUUUAAAUGCUUUUUCUGCAAAACUAACUUUCGCAUCGAAGUGCGCAGAGAGGACGGUUUGUGGUGAGUGCGACGCUAUGAUGCUAUUACCAAUGAUAUAAAAUCGGUCGGUGUGGACUCGGUUUUGUUGGUGUGGCUGAAGUAUAGCAUCCAGUCCUAUAUAGUUAGCCACUCUGCAAGGAAAAUCACGAAAAAUCCUACGGUAUUCCGAUUGUUAUGCUUGCCAAUUAUCAAUAUAUAAAUCAACCCCUUCAUCUAUCUUUCUUGAUCUUGAUACCCAAUUCAUUCCAGAUUGUUCGAGGAUUGAGGUCACGUUUGUAUGGCUAUUUCGAGACUCGUUUGAAUAUUAAUAUUGCUUAUAUAAAUGAACAAUUAUUAUUAUUCUUACUAUUAUUAAUAUCAUUAUUAUCAUUAUUAUUAUUGUUGUUCAAAAAAAUCGCAAUACAAACUACGUGCUCUUGUUCAUUAUCAAUCGUUGUUUGGAGGCAAAUUUGUGACAUAUUGGUUUGUAGAAAAAAGUUGAUGGCGUCAUGUUCACAACCUUUAUAACAAUGAAAGUUCUAACUUUUGCAUUAGUGAAAAAAAUCUUAGAUAUUUUAUUGGUGAUAGACUUUCUGGGAUUUGAAUAACUACGUUUCGAUUGGUGAUAGAACUAUUAGGUUUGAAAUACGAGCUUCUGAUUGGUGGUAGAAUCAAUUUUGGGAUUUUAAAUACUAGCUUUUGAUUGGUUACAGGUUGGCUUAAAGUUGAAUCAAACGAGGUCAGCUUUUAUUUGAAUAUACAUUCGCAAAUCAGUGCUAGCUACUGGAUAUUAUAACCAUGUAUGAAACGAUGAGGUGUUUAUUGUGUUUUGUUUAUGUAUGAACAUGUUUUUAUCUUUAAACUAAGAAUAUUUGAGUAUAAACCGAAUGAAAGUAGAUCAUUCCCUUCGUCAUGAUUGUAGUUAUACUCUCUUUUAUUAUAAUAUCAAUAAAGAAUGUUUAUGGUGUAUUCAUAUAAAAUUAUAUUGAUGUAAUGUUAUCAAAUGACUAUUUGCCUUACACAAAAUAUGAAUUAUCUUGUUUAGAAAAGAAUCUAUUGAAAUGUAUUCGCCAUCUUGCGCAGAUAAUCAUACUUCUGUAGUAUGACAUGUUUUUCUUUGAAAUUGGAAUGUGUUUAUUAUGCGUUUACGAUGAAAAAAAAGUAUCAACUGCUUAAAUAUAAAUGUGUUUGACGUAUAACUUAAUUUAUCUAAAAUUAAUGAAGCUACUUAACUGACGAAACACAUAGUAUUCUUCAGCGUAAGACAUACCUUCUUAAACAUGUUAAAUUUACCAUUUUUUAUUAUGUUAAAAUCUUUUGCGAAAUUUGUACUUUUGUUUAUAAUUUCUUUGUACAAAUAAACUCUAACAAUAAAAUGAA